AACACGUCCAGCAAAAGAAAUUGUUGUUCUGGAUGGCCCAGUUUGUCUUCAAAGGGAAGACUUUUGGAGCCUGGGGCUAGAUGAACAGGUGGAGAGCAGUAUUGGGAAUGCGUGCUUCAGGCUGGUAGAGGAGGCAGGCAGGAGACAUGGAAUGGAUGUCCACAUUGCUGACCUAUUUGAAGUCCCUAAAUGGAAACUAAGCGAACCUAGUUUGCCGACAACUUGCAGGAGCAGUGGCUAAUGGACCGUGGGUGGAGAAGACGGGCAAAGAUUUUGAUCCAUUUCCAGUUCAGUCAGAUGGACAGAGCUGUGGGAUAUUCAUGCUUAUGUAUGCCCUCUGCAUCUGUACUGGUGCCAUGUUUCACUUUUUGGAUACUGACAUACCAUCUAUUCGGAAGUGGUGGUGUCUCCAGAUUCUGGAGAAAUUCUCGAUCGCAAGGCAUGGGCAGAACUUCGGGCAGCGCUUUGCCUUCUGGACAGAGGAGGCAGAACAGCUGAUGGCAGGCACCCUACCACCUAUUUAUAGGAUUUCUCGACCCCAAAUAGUCAAGGAGGAACAGGUAGAAGUGGAGGAGCUGCCCCUCACAUUGAAACAUAUGUACCAGGCAGAAUACAUCGUGAGGAACAGUAUUGGGCUUUUCACUGGCCAGGUGCAAGAACCAUCAUACAUGUUGAUGGAUCAUGAUGACCAAAUGAAAGCGUGGAGGGUGCUGAUGGAGUCGAGGAAGUGCUAUGCCAUGGAGCCUUUCACGUUCAUUUUUGAAAACAUUCAGGACAUGGAAACCUUCAUGAUUAUUUGCAAAGACACCCUCAACCUGAGAGUAAAUGCUGGAGUUGGGGUGCACAGUCACCCCUAUACAUUUUGUUAGUGUGU